UUUUGAGUGAGCCGCGUGCAAGGUCUAAUCCACUAGUGGAUGCGGAGCAAGCUCCGGUAGCCUACGAGCUGUCCCCUCUAUUUCUUAAUGGCAAGACCCGAUAAUGUCUGCCUAGCAUGGCUGUGGCUUCUGAACCGGAGACCCAAGGACCGUUAUGGCUUUUAGCCGAGUCUAUUCGGACCCCCUGUCCCGAGGAAUUUUCAAGAAAUUCGUGGUCAUGCUGUGUUCUCUCCUCACCUCCCUGUACCUCCUCCACUGCCUCACGGACCGCUGCAGCAGCAUGCCCACGCCGGUGAAAGCAUCCAGCCAAGUCGUGGGCUUCUUCGCCUCGGAACUACACGACUUGAGGUCGCUGAGGAGGAAAAGACUGUUACAGAAAUGGACCACAGGGUCCAAGCCGGGCUUGAGCUACGAGAGCGCCGACGACGCUAAACGCACCUCCGAGUACUCCCGGUUCAACGAUGCUGAUACCGGACAGGUUUUGUACGAACCGGGACAUCAGGUGGACAGUGAUAGCGAAAAGAACCGAGAACUGUCGCAUUAUAUGCAGCCUUCUUUGGGUGAUAUAGUUUAUUCGAAGAGAUUAGCACCUCGGUUUAUGGUGAAGACGGGGAGUACAGGUAAACUCAGUCCGCUUGGAGACGGGAGCAAGAAGCUUCCACAGGCGAUGAUCAUCGGGGUAAAGAAAGGAGGGACGCGCGCGCUGCUCGAGUUCCUCCGCGUGCAUCCAGACAUCCGAGCUGUGGGAGCCGAACCGCACUUCUUCGACCGCAACUACGAGAAUGGACUGGAGUGGUACAGGGAGCUGAUGCCCAAGACCCUGGAGGGCCAGAUCACCAUGGAGAAGACCCCCAGCUACUUUGUGACCAGAGAGGCCCCGGCCCGGAUCUCCGCCAUGUCCCGGGACACCAAACUUAUCGUGGUGGUGCGGGACCCCGUCACCAGGGCCAUCUCUGACUACACGCAGACGCUGUCCAAGAAGCCCGACAUUCCCACCUUUGAGAGCCUGACCUUCAAAAACAGGACUACGGGGCUCAUCGACACGUCCUGGAGCGCCAUCCAGAUCGGCAUCUAUGCCAAGCACCUGGACAACUGGCUGCAGUACUUCCCCAUGGGUCAGAUCCUGUUUGUGAGCGGGGAGCGUCUGAUCAGCGACCCGGCCGGAGAGCUGGGCCGGGUGCAGGACUUCCUGGGGCUCAAGAGGAUCAUCACUGACAAACACUUCUACUUCAACCAGACCAAGGGUUUCCCCUGCCUCAAGAAGGCUGAGGGCAGCAGCAAGCCCCACUGCCUGGGCAAAACCAAAGGGCGGACCCACCCCAAUAUCCACCCAGAGGUGGUGCAGAGGCUACGGGACUUCUACAGGCCUUUCAACAUGAAGUUCUACCAGAUGACUGGACAGAUAUUUGGUUGGAACGAUUGACUGGGCCUCAAGUACUGGAUGUUCAGU